CUGAGAGCCUCAAGACUAGACCACUGGUUCCUUUCGAGCAGAGAGUCAGAGAGGUCUAAGCCUCUUAACAGAAAUGACAGACACAAAGCGUCUUGCUUUCUCCAUCAUCCAGUUUCUCCAUGACCAGCUCAGGUCUGGGGAGCUGUCCUCAGAUGCCCAGGAGAGCCUAGAAGUUGCAGUGCAAUGCCUGGAAACAGCUUUUGGUGUUUCUACUGAAGACCAGAGCUUAGCAGUGGGUCAGACCUUACCAGAGAUAUUUGAACCAGCCAUACAGAAGUCAGAGGCAGCCCAGGCCAGGGCGAAUUCAGCCAGCGGUUCUCUAACGGAGGAGCAGAUAGCAGAGGCGGAGAGGCUCAAAACCGACGGCAAUGAGCAUAUGAAAGUUGAGAAUUUCAGUGCAGCAGUGGAAUUCUACUCCAAAGCCAUUCAGAUAAACCCACGCAAUGCAGUUUAUUACUGCAACAGGGCUGCAGCUUACAGUAAGCUUGGGAACUACGCCGGGGCGGUUCAGGACUGUGAGCUGGCUAUUGGCAUCGACCCAAACUACAGCAAAGCCUAUGGAAGAAUGGGGUUGGCUCUGGCCAGUCUGAACAAACACACAGAGGCUGUGAGCUACUAUAAGAAAGCUUUGGAACUGGAUCCCGACAACGAAACUUACAAGUCCAACCUGAAAAUAGCAGAGCAGAAAAUGAAAGAGAGUCCGAGCCCUACUGGAGGGAUGGGCGGAGUCGACCUGGCGGGUCUGCUCAGUAACCCUGGCUUCAUGAGCAUGGCCUCGAAUUUAAUGAGCAACCCACAGGUGCAGCAGCUGGUGUCUGGGAUGAUGUCAGGAACAUAUGGGCCAGUGGGAGGCAGUGCAGCCCCUGCUGCAGCAGCCCCCCCCAAUGACCUGUCUGGCCUCAUCCAGGCGGGUCAGCAGUUUGCCCAGCAGAUGCAGCAGCAGAACCCAGAGCUGAUUGAGCAGUUGAGGACUCAGAUGCGCAGUCGGCCGCCCAGUGCCAGCAACGAGGAGCCCUGACACACACUUCACCAUCACACACACACAUGCACACACACCCACAUAGACAGAGAAUGGACUUGGGGACACGUAAAGACAGGACGUUUGUCUCAAUUUUUUAUUUUGUAUGACUCUCUGUAACUCCAGGAAUAAAAAGAGCUUUUUUUCCCCCCCAUCAUAAAGUAAUACAUUCAUUGCAUGUUAGCCCCCGUCCCCAAAUCACUGAUACACCCUGACCUUUUCUGGGAUCAACUUCGUGUAAAUUGUCUGGACUCAAACCAGUGUCUCUGCAUUUUCUACUGACACCUGGCACCAGUGAAGACCAUGGUCUGUUAUUUGUAACUAAUCUGUCCCGGUGGACUGUGAUGUCAUCAGAUCUCUGUCACGUGGACUGUACGCGGAAGAUUUGCCUCUUUUUCACAUGAUUUAGGCCACAGCAGAUUCACUCUGGGGUGAGCAGAAGACAGAUGUGUAUAAUGCCAACAUUAUGAACAUUAAAUGUAAAAAUUGAAACCUGGA